UCCAGACCAAUUUAAAUCGACCCUUCGACGAUCGUCGCCACCCAGAUUUGCAAGUCAGUAUCAGACGGUCAUUCCAGCAGACGACAGCUCACCAUGGACAAGUGGUUCGGCAAAGUGGCCCUGGUUACGGGCGCCAGUUCGGGAAUUGGCCACGAGACUGCGCUGGCCCUGGCCAACGCCGGCAUGCUGGUCGUCGGAGCCGCUCGGCGGGUCGAGUUGGUUGAAGCGUUGGCCAAGCAGGUUAGUUCCGGGGUUGGUCGAAUCUACGCCCGGAAGUGCGACGUGGCCAGCGAGGAGGAUCUGCUGGCCACGUUCGAUUGGAUCCGGAACGAGUUGGGCGGGGUUGAUGUGUUGAUCUGCAAUGCUGGGGUGUUUCGGUGUAACUUUGUGACACAGAGUGAUACCUCGGAUUUUCGGGACACGUUCAACGUGAACGUCGUUGGAACUUGCAUCUGCAUCCGGGAGGCCGUGAAGCAAAUGAAGGAACGUGGUAGUUCUGGGCACAUCUUCAUCGUCAACAGUAUUCUUGGAAAGAAGAUUCCGGAUGUGUCAGUACCGAUGUACGGGACAUAUCCAGCCUCAAAGUACGCCCUGGCAGGACUGGCCGAAGUCGUUCGUAAAGAGUUGAUGUACUUCAAGCUACCUGUCCGGUUGACCAGCAUUCAUCCCGGAAUGGUGCAGACGGACAUGAUCAAGGUGUUUGAUUCGGCCCUUGCCCAGAGACUUCCAAAACUGGACGUCGGGGACAUUACGAACAGCAUUUUGCACUGCUUGCAGGCUCCACUGGAUGUUCACAUCGACGAGCUAACGGUGAUGCCAGGAAUGGUCCCAAUCCCGUAAUAAAACUAUAAAUUCAUCUCCAACAUGCACCACACCGGACUCCAAAACUGACCCAAAAUACCCUCCAGGGCAGCAAAACUACCAUGCACCUCCACCACCUGAACCGCCAAUGCAUCAGAGAGUGCAAUAAAAUCGGUCAACUGUAUAGAAGCGCCGUGGUGGGCGGCGGGAAAACCACAAAAAUGAAGCUCCAUUUCAUUAGUUACAGCCAAUAAAACCAAACCGACCUUCUUUACACUAACUAACAAACUAGCUGCGAGGGGCUACCGAUUCCGGAUGAUGGUUGCAGUUUAGUACGUAUACUUAACCACCCUGCAAAGGUGGAGAAAUGGGCAAGGAGAUGUAUGUAUUAUGUGCACUUUAUAACUGUGUAUAUAAAACUGACCAUUGACUGUUGUGUGUACUCUGGCACUAAUAAAAAAAACAGGACUUGAUUCGAUUAUUACGUGACCUCAGUCAAUAAAAA